UUGGCAUUGGAUGCGAUCUCAAAUUGAUCUCAGGAUUGCUCUACAUCGAAGAAUCCGAUCCUCUCUUUCAAGGUCGCCAUUGAUGUCCAUGAGAAAUGGUGACUCGGCUUUAACAUGUAAAGGAUUGUGUAAGGUACUUUGGAAUCUUGAAGCUGAUAUAGCAGAUGACUACCUCAUCUUCAUUACGGGGGAUCCAGUAACCUUAGGCUGCUGGGAACCAGAGAUGGCAAUUCUUUUGUCUCCCUGCACAGAAUGUGACAACUUAUGGAAGACUGAGAUAACGGUACCUUGUGGUAUUCAUUUCAAGUACAAUUAUUUCAUAAGAGAGGAGAAAAAGCCCUCUUGUGAUCGUAUUUGGAGGCCAGGGCCUGAAUUUUCCCUGUCAGUACCUUUUGUUGGCAAAGAAAAUGAUGUGAUUGUGGUUAGAGAUUCUUGGAUGAGAACCAGAGUACAAAAGCUGCCAGUUCCCUCAUGGGGAUCAUGGAUGGUCGACAUAAACCUUCCUAAAAAUCAUAUUAAGCCUGGACGCCGCAGAGCUUUCUCUGCAGGUGUGCAUGAGAUAUUGAGAAGUCCUAAUGGUGUUCCCUUACAGAGGAAACAGUCCUCAGUUGAUUGUCUGCCUGAGGAAAAUUAUAAGCCUGCAGAAAAGAAUGUGAAAUCAAAUGAUAGAAAUGGAGAAACAUUGUCUGAAACGGACCAGCCUGUUGAGGAGCCUUGGCUACUUGGAUCUAUGCUUGUCUUCAUGAUGGAUUUUGUUGGACUUGAUGAAGCAUCUCAUCAAGAUAAAGUGCACAAAAAGGACUUUCCUGGAAGGUUUCCUGAUGCAGAAUUACUAGCACCAGAUGAUGACCACAGGGUAGUCCAUGCAGAAGAACCUGCUUCAACUGUCAUACUAAUUAACUCCUCUGUGUGUACCAUGCAAAGAAUUGCUGUAUUGGAAGAUGGGAAACUUGUUGAGUUAUUACUAGAACCAGUAAAAAAUAAUGUACAGUGUGAUAGUAUCUACUUAGGUGUUGUUACAAAACUUGUUCCUCAUAUGGGUGGUGCAUUUGUAGAUAUUGGGAUUUCUCGGCCUUCCCUUAUGGGCGUGAAGCAUAACAGAGAACCAUUUGUAUAUCCGUUUGAUCAUGAAGUUAGGGGCAAGUCUGUCAAUGGUUCUUCAAAACCAAAAGGGUAUUUUGACACCCAUGAGAAUGACCAGUCUUUGGAUGAUGAUGAGGAUGAGGAUGACGAUGAUGAUGAUUAUGAUAUGACUGAUGAAUUCUUGGAGGUAGACCAUCGGGAUGACUCAUUACAGCUCAUGCAUGAGGACAUUGACGAAAAUGAAGUAGAAGAUGAGAUGGAUGUCUCUGAAGCUGUCAAAAUGAACAUACAUAAGGGUGCUAGUGGUUAUAAAGGUGUCGAAGUUGAUUUUGAAGAAAAUUAUGAAGAAAAUGGAAAUCAUAUAGGAGAUGGAUAUGUUGAAGAUAUCCUCCCAUCAGGAACAGAAAUCUCCAAGGAUUCUGCUGUGUCAUUUCCAGUAGAACAAGAUCUGAAGGAUCCUGAUGAUACAUUUACUGAUGAAAACAAAUGGUCUCAUGUUCGCAAAGGAACAAAAGUUAUAGUUCAAGUGGUUAAAGAAGGGUUAGGGACAAAAGGUCCAGCUCUGAGUGCUUAUCCAAGUCUGAGAAGCAGAUUUUGGAUAUUGAUAACUCGCUUUAAUAGAAUUGGAGUGUCCAAGAAGAUCAAAGGGAUCGAGCGGACGCGCCUAAAAGUUAUUGCAAAAUCACUGCAGCCCCCAGGUUUCGGUUUAACUGUACGAACAGUUGCUGUUGGACAUUCACUGGAGGAACUGCAGAAGGACCUGGAUGGGCUACUCUCUACCUGGAAAGGCAUAGUUGAACAUGCAAAAUCUGCUGCAUUAGCUGCCCAGGAGGGGGUCGAAGGUGCAGUUCCUGUAAUGUUACACAAGGCAAUGGGUCAGACUCUGUCUGUUGUGCAGGAUUAUUUUAAUGAGAAUGUCAAGGGCAUGGUCGUUGACUCUCCUCGAACUUAUCAUGAGAUUACCAGCUAUCUUCAGGAAAUUGCGCCUGACCUCUGUAACCGGGUUGAAUUGUAUGAUAAAAGACCACCCAUUUUUGAUGAAUACAACAUCGAGGAGGAGAUAAAUAACAUUCUUAGUAAAAGGGUCCCACUCUCUAAUGGAGGUUCUCUAGUGAUUGAACAGACUGAGGCUUUGGUUUCUAUUGACGUUAAUGGGGGCCACAGUAUGCUAGGACAAGGGACCUCUCAAGAGCAAGCUAUUCUGGAUGUCAAUCUUGCAGCUGCAAAACAAAUUGCACGGGAGCUACGCCUAAGAGAUAUUGGAGGCAUCAUUGUUGUGGAUUUUAUAGAUAUGGUUGAUGACUCAAAUAGAAGGCUAGUCUAUGAAGAAAUGAAGAAGGCAACUGAGAGAGACAGGUCGACGGUGAGAGUUAGUGAGUUGUCCAAGCUUGGAUUAAUGGAAAUUACAAGAAAAAGGGUUCGCCCAAGUGUUACAUUCAUGAUCAGUGAACCAUGCUCUUGCUGUCAUGCUACAGGACGCGUGGAAGCAUUAGAGACAUCAUUUUCAAAGAUUGAACGUGAAAUUUGUCGCUUGCUUGCUGUCUCAAAUCAGAGGCCAGACCCUGAAAAUCCAAAAUCUUGGCCAAGGUUCGUUCUAAGGGUGGACCAUUACAUGUGCAACUACCUGACAUCAGGGAAGCGGACAAAACUGGCUGUAUUGAGUAGUUCUCUUAAAGUUUGGAUUCUACUAAAGGUAGCUAGAGGAUUUUCUCGAGGAACAUGUGAGGUGAAACCAUUUGCCGAGGACAAGGUAAAUGAUGAGCAGCAAGUUGCUAUCUCCAGACUACAGCCUACUGAAGCUAGAACUUACAUUCCGAGUAGCAAGCUCACUCUCUUUCCUGUUAAGAAAUGGAAGACUCGAGGAAAAUGAGAGCACAAUUUCUGUUGGGCCUUUCUUUUUAAUUUUAAGAACCAGGACUGGUGGAAGCCCGCCAAGUAUUGGAAGGAGGGCGGGACUGAACUGAGCUUACUUGGCAGCCCCUUAUUAUCUGAGGCCACUGUUGUACCAAUUAUUUGUAUGCCCUAAGAAAUUUUCUCAGAGAAAGAUCCACCAGUGGUUUGAGAUUUCUUGGUAAUUUAUGGAAGAAUGUAGAAAUCCAACCAUCCUUGUUUGUAUGCCCUAUAAGAAAUUUUCUCAGAGAAAGAUCCACCAGUGGUUUGAGAUUUCUUGGUACUUCAUGGAAGAAUGUAGAAAUCCGACCAUACUUGUUUAGCUGCGCUAUGAUAUAUUUGAGUAUAAAGCUCUUUUCUAACUGGAGACCAUUCUUGUUGGAAUUUUUCAUCACUAAA